AUGGUUGCGAAAGCACCUAUUCACCAGCCUGAACCUGCGAGGAAGAUAUUGAUUUGCGACAACUCGAGUGGUAACAGCGACGCAGACGACGACUCGGUUUCAGAGAACGUGGUCGAUCUUGGUUCGGCGGAUGAAGGGACACCUCCGAUUACACCUCUCCCAGCGGAACUACUGGAGCCUCAAAGUGUGCAAACUCCAACAUUAGAACCUUCCUUCAUGAAGCUUCCACCUGGAGACUCUCAUCCGAUUGAUUGUCUUCCAGUAGAGUCUCUCCCAGUGGAACCCAGCCCAACAGAAACUCCUCUUGAAGCAAGCCAUCCUGCAGAAACCGCUUCACCAGCGAAGAAAACGCCGUUGACGGAACCAACCGCAACACCAAAUCUACCACAAAAGCCUCGAAGAGUGAUUCUGCGACCGGCAAGAUUGAAGAGACUCAGCCCUGAAGCAGAAGUUAACCCAACCACCGCAUUCACAUCGGAAGAAAAGGAUGUCUUGAAGCGUUUCGUCACUACCUUGAGUGCUCAAAGACAUCAACUCUUCGCUAAAUCCGAGUUCAUUCUGCCAACGAUUGUGCCCAGCCUCGUCUCCAUAUCGUCUGCGUAUGGGUCCAGUCAAACAAUAGCAGCGACAGGCACGGCGGACGCGAGGAAAGACACCAUAACCCUCAUCCGCAUCGUCGGUCUGAACAGGUGGGAUGAGAUCCGCUUCUUUCACAAGAUCAUGUCAAGGCCCGAGAAUCGACAUGUUUUCUCCCCACUCGAUCUAUGCUACCACAAGGAGCGAGUCCGUCGCACAGCUCUCGAAGCUGCGUGUGCGAUUCGCGAUCCGGCACAAGCCCGCACUCUCUGCGGCUGUCUUAUCGUUGUCCAAUCCUCCAACCUGGGCCAGCGGACGUCAACGAUCGGCGGCCUUCUUUCGAUCAGGGGCAAAUACCACGCUCUUACAACGAGCCACGCCCCCGAUGACGAGGAUGAGCCUCCAGACAAUUCGGUUGACGAUGAGAGCGAUUCUGAUGUGGGCUCGCUCUUUAUCUUUGAUGGUGAUAUUGAUAAUGGCGAUUCGGAUUCGGUUACUUCCUUUGCUCCGGACGAUGGUGAAAGCGCGAGGGGCGAAACCGCGGGACAGAUUCACGAGACUGCGUCAAUGGAAGAGGAUGCCCUCAACGAUGGAGCAGGAUCCACAAGGGAAAUGAAGAGUAAGGUCUCGACAGAGAAGGAAAAAUCUACCGCAGAGCGUUCAUUUGCAGACAUGAUACAAGCAACAAACGCAAGUCACAUGAGGCCUGAAGACUUGACGACCAAGGAGGGAUACAUCACGUGCCGAAUCGAUGAAGAUAGACUACGGAGCGGGAACGACUGGCUACUUGUACCGGUGGAAGCCAACCUAUUGCUUCUAAAUAGAAUCCCAGAUGGCGCAGGGAAACCACCAAUGUGGCAGAAUCCUUUCAUCGAAAGCUACUGCCCUGAUCUAAAUCAGGUAUUCGUGGACCACGAUCAUCCAGACACACCGCCGUCCCAGAAAACGGUGUGGGCAGUUUCCGGAAUGAAAGGGUUGGUGCGUAGCCAUCUUUGCCCAAACUCUUCGUUCAUGAUCUCGGGCGGUGGUGAAAGAGUGCAAGAAAUUUGGACGGUUAAGGUAGAGGCCUCUAGUCGAGGUUUUCAAUCAGGAGAUUCGGGCUCCUGGAUCGUCGACGAUAAAUCGAGACGCGUUCUUGGCGUCUUGAUCGCUCGUUCCAGCGGUGUCGGAUAUAUGGUCUCCUUUGCUAGUAUUCGACAGGACAUCGCGACCACGUUGCGAAUCAGACAGACGUCGGUACAAUUGGCCUCUAGAAUGGACCCCUUGCUCCGCGGCCGCGGCAGCAGCACCGGCAGGGUCAUCCGGUCCUUCUCCCCAGUCAGGUACACGAGGCGGGCGCCAGCCGCACAAUCCUGGAGCCAGAUGCUCUCAGGCGCCGCGGCAGCAACUCUCGAUGUUGUGAGGCACCCAGUCGAUCUUGGUCACAACCCAUCAGUACUCGUUUUGUUCAUUGCCACGGUGUACAUGUCUCUCUUAUGGGAGAUUCCGUCCGCGUGGCGCUCGGUGACUACCUUACAGAAUGCUCUAGUACCACCAGCGUGCGCCCUGCUCUUCUGGGCCCUCACCGAGCUCGAGAUGCGACGCAGACCCACGACGUACAGCCGACAUGAUAGACUAGCCAUUCGAAGAACUCUCUGCACGUGGCUCUGGGUCACUGUCGCGGCUGGUCUUUUGGCUAGCUUAGGGAUCUACAUUGUGCGAGGCCCGGCCUCGAACCCUUUUACUCUACGUUCGAACGGGCAGAGAGUUAGCGAUCAAUCUAUAAGGGAUUUCAGUGACGCGAUGGAACGUCUGAGGAGGUCGGACCCUCAGGCUCGGUACAAUGCUUUCGAAGACGACUUGAGGGAUUUGAACCUCGCUUUGAGACGUUUGGAUUUCCGGGCCGUAUACUACAAACUUAAAGACAUGGUGUUGAGAAAGCUUUCGAAGCACAAGUGGUUGAGGCAACUGUAA